GAUGAAAGUUGCACAACAAGCCUGGAUUGGGAGGAUAUUUACGUAUUUUCUCUAUCUGUGUGGACCGGAGACUCCAUUUGUCUUCCAAGUCACCUUAUCCAAAGUGUCACCAAAACCUGAAAACUUUCAACCUCAAAAAAUCCAAACUUGAGCUUUGUAUUCCGACAAAAAAAUGGCGACUGCGUCUCUAGUUCCGACAUCUAAAAUCUUCUCUGUCUCUCCGAAAUCCUCAGCUUCGAUUAAAGCAAGGAGCAGAGUAGUUGUUGCAUCGUCGCAACAACAACAACAACCAAGAAGGAGAGAGCUUCUGCUGAAAUCGGCGGUGGCGAUUCCGGCGAUUCUGCAAUUGAAGGAAGCUCCGAUAUCAGCGGCGCGUGAGGUGGAAGUUGGAUCGUACUUACCUCUGUCUCCGUCUGAUCCUUCUUUCGUCCUGUUUAAAGCCAAACCUUCAGAUACUCCUGCUCUCCGCGCAGGAAAUGUUCAGCCCUAUCAGUUUGUUCUACCGCCGAAUUGGAAACAGUUGCGAAUAGCCAAUAUUUUGUCAGGUAAUUACUGUCAACCGAAAUGUGCAGAGCCAUGGAUCGAAGUGAAGUUUGAGAACGAGAAGCAAGGCAAGGUUCAAGUAGUUGCAUCUCCUUUAAUCCGCUUAACCAACAAACCAAAUGCAACUAUUGAAGAUCUCGGUGAGCCUGAGAAAGUGAUUGCUUCUCUUGGUCCUUUUGUCACCGGAAACUCUUAUGACUCUGAUGAACUUUUGAAGACUUCAAUCGAAAAAAUUGGAGAUCAAACGUACUAUAAGUAUGUGUUGGAGACGCCAUUUGCGCUCACGGGAAGUCACAAUCUUGCAAAAGCGACAGCAAAGGGAAGCACGGUUGUUUUGUUUGUUGUAAGUGCUACUGAAAAGCAAUGGCAGAGCUCACAGAAGACUCUUGAAGCCAUUCUUGAUUCUUUUCAACUGUAAAUCAGAGUUUUUGUUAUGACUCUGGACUUGAGAAACUAAAGAGCAAACAGUUUAUGCUAAGGAGUGUCUGUGCGUAGUAACAUUAACUCAUUCUUUUCUACUGUAAAUUCGAGCUAUGACUCUGAGACAGAUCUCAGUGGUUUAUGCUCAGCAUGUCUUUGUUGUUGUAUAACUUUCUCAGGUAUAAAAGAACAAAAGAUUACAAGGUUAGGAUUCCUAUAUCUCGAUUCAAGAACCGAACUCUGACUCCAAUACAUUGUGUGGAAACUCCCUUCUUCGUAUGGUUUCUACAUACAGAGCAAGUCAACUGGUCAUGAGAUGAGGGACAUCUGGUCGUGGAAGAACGCAAGAGUAUGUUAUAUACUUCACACCGUCCACAAGCACGACUAUGAAAA